CUAGGGUAUUUUGAACGACAGAAAAGCUUUGAACUGCUGAUUUGUUUUAGACGUCAGUGACACGUAAACGAGUCGAGAAAUCUAUGCUACAUCUAAAGCAGGCUAAAUUAUCUGCUGUUGUCAAUAGCUAGGCUACGUUAUCCAUUCUAUUAGGUUAAAUUACCAUUAGGUCUAGGCUAACGUUAGGAUACAUGCCGUAAUACCGAGACUAACGUUAUCGAGGAAAUUAACAGCAACGAACCUUUUAUAUCAGAGACGAAAUGGCCCGAAUAGUGCAAAGCACUAACGUUAUUCGUCAUUACUUUGGUCCUUUUAUAAAAGGACGGAGACUUCACUUUGCUAACUCUUCCAGAAACGUUGGAUCUGCUUGCAAAGAGGUUACAGAAACAACUGUAUCUCCCUCAAAGAAGAGCAAGAUUGAGUUAGUCACAGACAAACCAGUCCUGAAGUUUGCGAAAUUAACAGAAAAUGCCACUGUUCCAACACGAGGAUCAGCAAAAGCAGCUGGUUAUGAUUUGUACAGUGCUUACGACUACACUGUUGGACCGAUGGAUAAAGCAAUCGUGAAGACCGACAUUCAAAUUGCAAUUCCUCAUGGAUGUUAUGGGAGAGUGGCCCCUCGUUCUGGACUGGCAGCUAAACAUUUUAUAGAUGUGGGAGCUGGUGUUGUGGACGAAGACUACAGGGGAAACGUCGGAGUAGUGCUCUUCAACUUCAACAAGGAGACGUUUGAAGUGAAAAAGGGUGACCGGAUAGCUCAGUUGAUCUGUGAGAGGAUCUGCUAUCCAGACCUACUUGAACUUGAGACACUGGAUGAGACUCAGCGCGGUGAAGGUGGAUUCGGAUCGACGGGAAAGAAUUAACUGAAUGUACUUGAAUGAAAUGUAAUGUACUGUUUCUGUGUUCUGCAAUAAUAAAGGUCAUGUUUUCUAAGUUUG